AUGAAACUCUCGGCCGCGCUGACGGCGCUCGGGGCCGCGCUGCUCUCCGCUGUGCCCUCUGUCGCGCAGACGCCCGCGAACACGAACACGACCACGACGGACGUGUACGACGUGCCCAUCCUCAGUGCCGCGGGCAACGUCACGGGGCUGCCGGGCGGCAACGCGUUCUGCGGCGCCCCGCGCGUGCGCAAGCCCUGGGGCGCGCUCACGUCGGACGAGCAGGCGCUGUACGUGGAAGCCAGUCGCCUCGCCAUUGCAUCGGGCGCCGUCGCUGAGUUUGCCGCCAUGGCAGCGGACUCGCUCAGCCAGGCCCAAGGCGAGUACUCGUGCGCGUUCUUUAGCUGGCACCGCCGCUUCCUCUUGGCGUACGAGUCGUACUUGCGCGCGCUGGACGACCGCUUUGCGUGCCUCACAGUGCCCUACUACGACGUGCAGACGGCCUAUGUCCAGGCCGUGAACGGCGCCUGCAGCAACAUGUUUGACUGCAGCGGCAUCUUUGAAGCCAUUGGCGGCGCGGGCAACUUGACCACGACGACGUCGGUCACGCGCCACGGCGUGAACGCCACGGGCUACGCGACCGUCGGCGCGCCCUAUGAUGGCGACGCCGCCUGUGACGACGACGCCGGCGCGCGGGACGAGUGCCGCACGUCGUUUGUCGUGCGCGCCAACGUCUCGAGCAAAGCCGUUCCGAGUGCCGCGAGCUUUGCGUCGUUUCAGAGUGUCGUUGCGACGUCGGGCGACUAUGCGACGUUUCUCCAGGGCAUUCAGUACGGCGUGCACCAUGAAGUCGUGGAUGCCAUUGGCGGCGUGUUUGCCACGGCAGCAGCUGCGCAGGACGUGCUCUACUACUCGUGGUACGCGGCCCUCGACAUGUACUUGCACGUGUACCACCUGUGCCGCAUCGGAGUUCCGCUCACGUACGACCAGAUCGUCGAGUCGCUGGAGGCGUACGCGAACGCGACGCAGUCGUGCGGCGGUGUCGAUGGCGUCGACGCCCAGUCGGCGCUCCUCAUGAGGAUCACCGUCGAUGGACAAGUCGUUGAUGCGUCGCAGCACCCGACGCUCGGCCAGUACUUUGGCUACGUGGGCAGCGACAACUGGAACUACGCAGACAUUCAGCAGCUCGGAGACUACUCGUACACGUAUCAGCUGCCCGAGAUGCUGCGACAGCAGGUCUUGAGCAACAACGACGUGUGCACGGGCUUCAACCGGGCGUUCGCUGCGACGUACACGAGCUUGAACGCCACUGCAGUCAAGCGAACGUCGACGAGUCGGACGACGACCAGGACAACGACGACCAGGACGACGCGGAUCGUGGACGGCAAGAGGGUGACGACCACUAAGGUGACGAAAACCGUGGUCAGGGCGAAUAGCACAACGGGAUCGUCGCCUGCCAGGUCGACGGUCACGAAUGGACAGCUCGUGAGUCGGUUUGGGUACACGUACUUGGGCAACUUCAGCACGGACGAUGAAGCCUUUGGUGAAGGAACCUUUGUGACGAACGGCUACACGGGCUACACAGCGUACUACAGCGCCGGAGCGAUCACGACCAAGCACAAUGGCAUUGUGAGUGCCAACUACUCGUCGAGUUCGAGCUCGUCGUCUCCUUCGGGCCUGAACUCGUCCAGCCCGUCGGCUCGUGCAGACACGACGACGUACUCGAACACAUCGAACGUAGUGGUGAACGUGAGGGUGGGCACGAGCCGUGUCGCUCGCAACAUUACGGCGUCUGUGGCUACAUCGGGUAGCUACUGGGCGUGGCUCCAAACCGCGUACGACGGCUUGUACUCUCGCUUUGACGGUAACAUGGACCUGGUGACGACGCACAUGAAGCUGCUCGAGUGCGACACAUUCAACAGCGUCUACGGUCUGUCCAACUUCUCGUCUACUUUCGUUGCGAACAAGAACCUGGUCACGAACCGGGUGCAGUGUGGCCAGCGUCUGGACCUGGUUCGCUCCGGUCUGCUGCAAAUGGCAGUGCGCUCAUCGGCUUACACAGCCGAGAGUCUGAGGUUUGCCAGCUCGACGGUGAUUAGCACUAUUCGCUCGUCGUACAGGCGUGUGACUACUCGUCAAGUGACAUACAUUCGCAGCUCGUACAUACAGGGGGUGCGGGCGAGCCUUGAAUCCGCCCAGGAAUCCCUGAACAACAUUACCGUCAUCUCGACUGGUGGAGUUGGCAAUAACGAGACAUCUACAACGCUUGUCGACACCGGCUUCGUUAUGUCUAACUCGACGAGCUCGACAGCGCAAUUGUCCGGUAAUGCGACUGCUACUACGACCACUACGACUACUUCAACGGCGCUCGAUGCGUCGGAUACGUUGGCUGAAGCGUCGUCGGAAGUGGACGGAUCUGAUGUGUCCGAAUCGAGCCUCACUCCUGAGGAACUCGACAUCACAGCGCAAACGGGCGGCUUGACGUUGAGAGAAGGCACGGGGUUGAACGGCACGAUGACUACUACCACGACAGGAGCCGACGACCGAUUGGACACGACAACGACUGCCGGAUCGGGUGUUACUACUCCAGUUGUCAUUACUGCUGGUCCAGGAGGCCCUGAGCAGACCACGAUGACUCCUAACCACUACGAUGACUCCCGGCUCCGAAUUGGAUGA